AUGGACGUAUUCGAGUAUCUCUUCGAAUUGAAGCAGAACAAAGUUUACACACACAAACAAUACAAAUACAUUGACAGAAUAGUUCUUUAUACAAACAAUGGUAAAUGUUAUAGAAUAGCAGUCUUUGCUGAACCAAAAUAUUUUCAUAAAGCAAAGAAAGUUGGUAUAACUGAAAUGGUGAAAGUUCUUGACGUUGACAAAAAUAUAACAACAAAACUUACAGAUAUUUCUAAAGGUAAGUUUUAA